AUGGCCAACCUCACGCUCUACUCUACUACCGCAUUCAUAAUUUUAGAUACAGAUGGCAACCGAGUACUAGGCAAAUAUUACAAGCCAAGACAUGCGCCUUUACUGGGGUCAGACACUGGCGGAAAGAGUUUCUCUACACUCAAGGAGCAACGGGAGAUUAUCCUAUACGAGGGGUAUUUAGCAGUAUACAAACAUUCCCUUGACGUGAUAUUCUACGUGAUAUCACCAGCAUCCGAGAAUGAACUGAUGACCCACUCGGCACUUGUUGGUUUCACGGACGCAUUAUCUCUCUUGUUACGAGGGCAGGUGGAGAAGCGUGCCAUCUUGGAGAACCUAGACCUGACGCUCCUCGCGCUAGACGAGACAAUAGACGAUGGGAUCAUCAUUGAAACUGAAGGCCCAGUAAUUGCAUCACGAGUUAGCCGACCUCGGGCAGACGUAUCAGAGAUAGUCAUCAACGAACAAACCAUUAUGAGUGCCCUACACACUGUGCGGGAUCGGGCGAUGUCUACGCGUCGUCCUGCUAGCACUACCUCGCUCUCACGAUAUGCUCGGCCCGACUCACCAGACGAAUCGGACCGAGCGCUUGAUUUCUGCAACUCGUUCUGGGGUCCCAACGAUGUAGGUGUUGAUGUUUUGUUUGCGCGAAUGCGAGGAGCCGUCAGAACUGCCGAGGAGAUGCGUGCAUUCUGGAGGGAACGAGCACUCAUAGAGGAGGACUAUGCUAAGAGACUGGCUAAACUUGCUAAAACAGCAUUGGGCAGGGAUGAAAUCGGCGAACUACGUAACUCCUUUGAUGCCGUGCGGCUUGAGACCGACAGACAAGCAAACUCUCAUAUGGAACUAUCUCAACAAAUCAGAAGGGAUUUGGAGCAACCUAUUGCGGAUUUCAUCGCAAGGCAGGCUGCCUUCAAGAAGAGUGUUCAAGGUCCUGUGGAAAAGCUGUAUAAGACUAAGCAGACCCAAGAAAACCACGUGAACCGAACUCGAGAGAAAUACGAGAGUGAUUGUAUCAAAAUCAACGCCUUCACUGGACAGUCGGCACUUGUGCAAGGUCGUGAACUCGAUAAGCUCCACUUGAAACUUGAGAAGCUUCAAGAAACAGUCAAAAUAAACGAGCGAGAAUUUGGUAACUUUGUUCGUGCUCUCAGCGAUACUACUCGCAAGUGGGAUGGGGAAUGGAAAACCUUUUGUGACCAAUGUCAAGACCUAGAAGACGAGCGUAUCGAGUUUAUGAAAGAUAACAUGUGGAACUACGCCAACAGUAUUUCCACCGUUUGCGUGUCUGAUGAUGAGUCGUGCGAGAAAAUCAGGAUUGCUCUGGAGUCAAUUGACAUCGAGAGGGAAAUUGAGUACUUUGUCCGUCAUUACGGCACCGGCCAUGAUAUCCCGAACCCGCCACAGGUCAUCUCAUACCAGGGCCACGACGGUACUCCUUAUCGACAAACCACUCGCCCAGCUGAUUUCGUUCGUAACUCAUCACGUCCUAUGCCUGUGCGAUCUGCUCCUCCACCUCCUCCAGAGGUAGAAGAAGAGGUGGGUCCAGGCAAUGCUGGUGUUGGGGCUGGAGGAAGACGUGGGCGCGCCGAGAGCAUCUCAGCUGGCGAUGGACGUACGAGCAGAGCAACUUCUCGCGUACGCCGAGAUUCAAUGGCGUCUCAGGCUGCUGUUAGUAUGAACGGACAUGGUCCUCCACCUUCGCAAACACCGCAACCUGGAACAACAGGACGCUCAUCAACUGCACCCACUCCUGCUCCUCAUGCGCCUGCCAUGCAGCCACCUCCCCAUGCAGGGUCUGUCCCACUGCCCGGAAUGGCGAAUUCUGCAGCUUUUCGACAAGUAAAACCCCAACAGACCCAGCAAGGCAUGCCUCCGGGUAUUCCAGCUCAAGAAAGAACCCAACUUAGGAUUGGCUCGAAUGCCUACGAUGUCGACCCGAAUGCUGAUCCACAAAACGUUAGCCACAUGGGCACUAAAUCUGCUCACUCUAUAUCCCGCCCGCCUACUUCUGUUGGGGACGCCGCUGACCCUCUUGCACAACAACUCGAAAACUUGCGUAACGGUGGUCCGACUCGUAAUCCUACGAGGAGAGGCACGACGGAAACGCCAGGACCUCCUUAUUCCCCAACACAGAAUCGACAAGGACAUCCUGGAGCAACUCCUAGUCGUGCGGGAAGUGCACUCCAAGCGCCCCCUGGAGCAUUCACAGCGGCAGAGCAUGCCAAGGCCCAAAACCAAGCUCUCAACCGAGACUAUCAAUCUUCGGCCGACCGGAUUGUCGGUGCUCACCCAUCGUCUCGACCGGUCAGUCCGGCGGCUGCGAGUCCAACAGCCGAAUUUAUGCGUCCUCGCGGACAGAGCUUCGGGGGAGGUCAAACACCUGGGCCUGUCGAAGAUAUCCAUUCACGAUAUGGUCAGGCCCUCCCUAAUGAGCGCAGGUUGAGUCGCGCUGGUAGCCAUAUGGCACCCCCUGCUGGACAGCCACCUGCCCGGUCGCCCAGUCCUGCACGUGAAGGUUAUGCAGGAAUUGGUACCCGUCGAAGCACUAGUCCCCAGCCACCGCAACAGAGUAACAGAAUGUCUACUCCAAAUAUUCCACCUCAACACUAUUCUCAACAGCAACAGCAGCCCCCGCAACAGCAGCCUCCCCAAUCUGUCCAUAGGAAUUCCGGAAUCUUCCCACCUCAGCAACAACAGCCAUCGGUAGGACGGGCGACGAGUCCUUCUCCAUACGGUAUCGCGCUGGAUGCCUCGGGACAAGUUACUCAGGACUCAAUGGCCGAGGCUUACCGCCAAGCAUACAGCCAGGGGCAGGCACCGACCCCACAUCAACAAAUGCCGCCUCAGCAACCCCAAAUGCCGCCGCCUCAGCAGAUGCACCAGCAACAGUACUAUGGUCAGCAGUCAGGAUAUGGGGCACCAACGCCUACUCCGAAUCAUCCUCAAGCGGGGAUGUAUGGUAGCACAGCCUCACCUGCUCCUCCCACUUCAUACGGGCAAGCUCCGGCCCAACAACAACAGGCUCCUCAGCGGCAACACUCAGUGUACCAGCAAUAUCCUAACGGACAGCCUCAACAGUCGCCGUACUCUCCUGCUCCACCUAGCGGUGGCUAUUACCCCGGCCAACAGCAGCAACAGGCUCAGUAUGGCCAAGCUGCGUACGUCCAGCCACCUCAGCAACAGCAGCAUCAGCCCACCUCCAAUGCUCCACCUCAACAACAGCAACAGCCUGUAAUGACGAGAACCCCGUCGCCGCUUCCUCCGCAAGGGAACGUACAGCAGCAGGGAGCACCCCCGACUGGCCAAUACUUGGACGAUGGCAGUGGUGUUCUGUUUUAUGUUAGAGCGAUGUACAAUUACACAGCAACCAUUGACGAAGAGUUCGACUUCCAGGAAGGCGAUAUUAUUGCUGUGACAUCCACACCCGAAGAUGGCUGGUGGCACGGCGUACUUCUCGACGAUACGCGUCGUGUUCCUGGUCGCACAGUAUUCCCCAGCAACUUUGUCACCCUUUUUUAA